AUGAUGUUUGAUAGUGCUUGUCACAGUCAAUCUCCAGACCAAAACGAGCUUUUCUCCAGGAGAUGUGUAUGGGUGAACGGACCGGUCAUCGUCGGCGCCGGUCCUUCAGGCCUAGCAGUUGGUGCUGGUCUUAAAGACCAAGGAGUCCCAUUCAUCAUUCUAGAAAGAGCUGACUGCAUUGCUUCACUUUGGCAAAAGAGAACAUAUGAUCGCCUCAAGCUUCACCUCCCCAAACAGUUUUGCCAGUUACCCAACUUCCCUUUCCCGGAGGACUUCCCAGAGUACCCUUCCAAAAACCAGUUCAUCAAGUAUCUCGAGUCCUAUGCUAAGCACUUUGACAUAAACCCCAAUUUCAAUGAAACAGUUCAGUCUGCCAAGUACGACGAGACCUUUGGUCUAUGGCGGGUGAAGACCAUUGCUCAAAGUGGUACAGUCUUUGCUGUCGAAGUCGAGUACAUUUGCCGGUGGCUCGUGGUGGCUACCGGAGAGAAUUCCGAGAAAGUAGUGCCGGAGUUUGAAGGCUUGGAGAACUUUGGCGGCCAUGUCAUGCAUGCUUGCGACUAUAGAUCCGGCGCCGCUUACGGUGGCAAGAAUGUACUAGUUGUUGGAUGUGGAAAUUCCGGCAUGGAAGUCUCCCUUGAUCUUUGCAACCACGAUGCUAGCCCUUCCAUGGUUGUUCGAAGUUCGGUUCAUGUUUUGCCAAGGGAAAUUCUUGGAAAGUCAACAUUUGAAUUGGCAGUAUUUCUGAUGAAGUGGGUGCCGCUUUGGCUUGCUGACAAGAUAUUGCUGAUACUAGCUUGGAUAUUUCUGGGAAAUCUUCAAAAAUAUGGUAUAAAGAGACCAUCCACAGGUCCUUUGCAGCUGAAGCACAACUCUGGGAAGACUCCAGUUUUGGACAUUGGAGCUCUCCAGAAAAUAAGAUCUGGUGAAAUCAAGGUGGUUCCUGGAAUCAAGAGGUUCUCUCAUGGCAGUGUUGAGCUUGUUAAUGGUCAAAAUCUUAUGAUUGAUUCUGUCAUUUUGGCUACUGGGUAUCGCAGCAAUGUUCCUUCAUGGCUCAAGGAAAAUGAGUUCUUUUCUGGAGAUGGAAUCCCCAGAAAUCCAUUCCCAAAUGGGUGGAAAGGGAAAGCUGGACUUUAUGCAGUUGGGUUCACUAGGAGGGGACUAUCUGGAGCAUCAUUGGAUGCCAUUGGUGUAUCACAAGACAUUUCCAAGAGCUGGAAAGAAGAAACUAAGCAGAAACGGAAAACGGUGGCUGCUCGUCACCGUAGAUGUAUUUCGCAUUUCUAA